CAAAAUCGAGUAGGAAGCUUACUUUCCUAUACUUAGCAAACGAUGUCAUCCAGAACAGCAAGAGGAAAGGUCCCGAGUUUACGAGGGAGUUCGAGUCUGUUCUCGUGGAUGCGUUUUCUCACGUUGCCAGAGAAGCAGAUGAGGGCUGCAAAAAGCCCUUGGAAAGGCUGCUUAACAUCUGGCAAGAAAGGAGCGUGUAUGGCAGCGAGUUCAUCCAGCAGCUGAAGCUUUCCAUGGAAGACUCCAACAGCCCCCAGACCAAAGUUGCAGAGGAGAAGAAGUCUCUGAAGCGGACUUUUCAGCAGAUACAGGAGGAGGAAGAUGAUGAUUACCCUGGCAGCUACUCGCCCCAAGACCCCAGCGCGGGGCCGCUGCUGACCGAGGAUUUGAUCAAAGCCCUGCAAGACCUGGAAAACGCAGCGUCAGGAGAUGCAACGGUGCGGCAGAAAAUUGCCUCCCUGCCUCAGGAAGUUCAAGAUGUUUCGUUACUGGAGAAAAUUACAGACAAAGAGGCGGCCGAGCGCCUCUCCAAGACGGUGGACGAAGCGUGCCUGCUGCUCGCCGAGUACAACGGGCGGCUGGCGGCCGAGCUGGAGGACCGGCGCCAGCUGGCACGGAUGCUGAUCGAGUACACCCAGAACCAGAAGGACGUCUUGACAGAGAAGGAGAAGAAGCUGGAGGAGUACAAACAGAAGCUUGCUCGGGUAACCCAGGUGCGCAAGGAGCUGAAAUCCCACAUCCAGAGCCUUCCCGACCUGUCGCUGCUGCCCAACGUGACGGGGGGUCUGGCACCUCUGCCGUCCGCUGGGGACCUGUUCUCCACAGACUAGGACUGGCGCUGUCCCCGUUCCACUGGUACCAGCACGAGUGGGAGGACGCUGGUGUUGACUGGAAAUCAGUCUUCC